AGUGUGUUCCAGAUGGCAAAGUACAUUGCGCAGAAAGACUCAAAAAAAGCAAAAAAACAAAACAAAGACAGUUCAACCAAAAGAACCAUUCUGAGUCACCGGCAUUUCAUUGAGGAGUGUGAUAGAAUUUUACGACUGAAUGAAGAGCAUACACCAGAAACGGAACUUACUGCAGAAUAGGGUGAUACCAACACAAUGGAAGCAAACACGGAAUUUUGCUUCUCACUAUCAAACUGUCACGAUGAGCUGAAUUUAAACGCAUUGCUAUUCCUUGCAAUUCGAACAACAAAUGUAACCCCACCCCAACUGGACAGCAUCAUCGCACACGGCGGGAACAUCAACACCAAGGAUGCCAACGAUAGAAACAACACCCCACUGCACGUAGCUGCCUGCAAAGGAGUUCCGGAUAUUGUCCAACUUCUGCUGGAUAGAGGAGCAAAGGUUUCGGAAAAGAAUUCGGAUGAGCAAACCCCGCUGGAUGUUGCCCAAGGUUCUGAGGUCGUCGAAAUACUCAAGAAACACAUUCAAAAUGUGCCCAAACAGGAAUUACGACCAGCAAGCGAUCAUUCAGUUGCUGAGCAAUCAACCGCUGAAAAUAGAACCAUCUUCUAUCCAAAACGAUCCGGUACAUCCGGCCUCGGUGGACAGCUGUAUGAAACUAAACUGCUAACGUUGAUUUUGUUUCGGGCCCUGAAUCGCAAAGACAUCGCCGAGUUUUAUCUGGGAUCCAACGUGGAUGGCCUGGGGGCACUGGACGAUGUAGUUUUUUGGUUCCGGAAUAUUUACGGGAAAACAUGGAUGCAGUUUAUUCAAGCAAAGCAUCGCGAUGACCCCGAUAAGGACGGAAAGUUGACCUUGGGAGAGAUCCUCAAGGAGAAAGGUGACUAUAGCAUACACAAGUACUUCGAUAGCUUCCUGGCAAUAAGGCGAAAGUUUGGCUCAAAGAGCAAGGAUGACCAGAUCUUCAAAGAAGAGUUUCAAAAAGUAGACUGUGAUUUUGUGAUUUAUACCUCAGCGAAAGAGAACUUUGAUUGUAAAAAAGGGAUAGAUACUGAGACAACUGAGUUCAAUACAAAAACGGAUGAUAUAUUAUACUCAACUCAUCGCGGUAAAACAUUCAAGUUUGAAUACAGUCCUCAAAAUGUUAAAACAUUGGCAACAGUUGCAACUAAGUUACGUAUUCAAACAUUAGGAAAUAUUUUGGCUGAUUUUGUACUAUCUGGCAGAACAGACAAUGUUAUGUCCGAUGAUCUGAUGAGAACGUAUCACGUAGUUUUGGCACAAAAACUAUUCAAAAUCAGUGAAACAGGACAAAUGACAUUCAAGACAGAUUUCUUUGCAUCUAAAGAAAAGUUAGUUGUUAUUUUAAGGGAAAUAAUGUACGAUAAAAUUUUAGAAUAUAGAAAGCAAAAAUUUGAAGAUUCAGAUUUACAAAACUUUUUGAAAGUUCUAUUAGAGAAUCCUAGCGCGGAAAAUAUAAGCAAACUACUAGGCAAUGUGCUCAGGUACGAUAACUCGUUAAAAACGCUUACACCAAUUAAAAAUCGGGUGAAACUAGAUGCGUUACAAGAAGCAGCCUUAAAAAAUAUAAUAGUUACACAAGAAACUAUACGAAAUGCUACAGAAAUCGUAGGAAGAUCAACAUUGGAAUGUUUAAAAGUCAAAUUUCCGCCUUCUUUUGGAAAUCUCGAUUUGCCAAUAGGGAAAGGUAAACAAGAGCAAAGAAUUAAGCAUUUAGUACAACGAUUCAAGGAUUUGUUCCAAUUGGCAGCGCAACAUGAUAACAUUGUCAGAAUCGAUGAAAGUAUGAUUGGUCCAGGCAAAAUAUUAAAAAGUGGCGAUGUUGGUCUUAAUGGGGGUUUUGCCGGUAUGGUGGGCAAUAUCUUGAUUCCGGAUCAAAACACAAACUUGUUGAAAUUUAAUGUUGAUGGAAGUUCGUUGCAAUCAAAUGCAAACAGGUUGCUUGAGUUGUUAAAGAGUGAAAUUGGGAUUGCUUUAGAAAGUUAUCGAUUAGAAAUCAAAAUUGAUUGUUUUCCACGAUUGAUGUUGGAAAACGAAGGAGAAGAUGAGCAGUUCGUGAAAUGCUUUCUAGAUAAUUUGAUGUUUUACACAGAUCAAGGAAAGGAAAAUGAUGUAGAAGCAAUUUUGAAAAACGAAAUCAAAACUAGGUAUAAAAUAAGUGACGAUCUAGAUUGUGAGGCAGUGUUUUUAAAGGUCCAUGACAAGGUUCAACAUUUGUGGAAACAGCAAAAGAAAGCUCCUUACUUGACCAGGGAUUGUGACUAUUUUGAUGCCGCAGUUGUGCAAGUGCGUGACAAUCCGCCUUUAACCAAUUUAAGUGCAAUUUGCAUCAGCCAGAUCAAUAGAUACCAAGUUGAGUUUAACUCAGAAGCAGUUCUAUCACUUGUGUCUCAUAUUGGAGAGGGUGUGACAAAUAUCGUUUCGAAUUUCGUUGAACAAACUUGUAUCAAAUUGCUUCAACAUUUCAAUUCAGAUUCCCAGUUUUUAAUAACUUCACAAUAUUUGGAACAUGCUUUGCCUCAUCUUAAAAAGGUUUUUCAGCUUAAAACUGACAGUAACAUCUGCAAAACAAUUAUCCUUGUUGGAGAUCAAGAAGCGGUCAAUGAUAUUGAGAAAAUGUUGAAUGAAUUUAAAAAUUCAAAAAACAAAUGGAUCAUUGUAACAAACAAAAAGUUAUCGAAUUGCGUCAACCAUUUUAAGGACGAAGGAAGCAUUUUUAGCGAUCUUACUCCGGAGUCACAAACAAACCUGUUGGGCGAGCGUGAAAUAUAUUUCCAGUGUGCUAAACAUAAACUCGGACAAUUAAUGGAAUGCGCUUCAUUAGACAUCAUCGAUGCUGAAAUGCUUUCCCUACUGAUCAGUAAAUGCGAUCUGAUGAUAACCGGAGGAGUGGAUUUGACUCAAUUCGAAAACGUUGCUGAAUUUUUGAUAGAAAGAAAAUUAUUGCGAAAAAUUGUUAAGAUUAGGAAAAAUGUCAAAAACACAGGACAAGACGUAUGGGUUAAGUCAUGUGAAGAUUUUGAAAGAAAAUGCAUUGAUAAUGAAACGAUAAACGUUCAUUUAGUAGAUUCCAAAAUGGGCUGGCAAAAAUCACGUGGAAGUCUUAGCCAAGUGCGUGAAAAUAUUGAAUCAACUCACGAGCAGAUUGUAACGGAUUCAUUGGAGUUGUACAGCGAAAGGAUUGUCAUUGUAGCUGCCGAGCCUGGCAUGGGAAAAUCCACCUUGAUAACAGACCUAUCGAAAAGAAUAACCCAGCACGAUCCACUCUGCUGGGUUGUGCGAAUAGAUUUGUUUAACUAUACAAAAGAGUUCAACAAAUGGCUGAAAUUGAAAACAAUCGAUCUACCACUUGCGAUAAAGUUUAUUUUGAUUGUGCAACAAAUUAUAUCGAGUGAUGAUAAAACUUCAUUUACCUUAUCGGCAGAUGGUACGAUUCACCUGAAGGACACUGCUCGAAAUAAAAUAAGUGGAAAAACAUUGUUUGAAAUUGAGUUGUUUCUAAGUUUUUACAACAAAGGAAACAUUACGCUACUUUUUGAUGGUUUUGACGAAAUCAGCCCAAACUAUAAGGAACCAGUUUUAAAGCUUUUGAAAAUUCUUGAAAAUAACAAACGUUGGAUAACCACACGAAAUGACAACAAUCAUCACGAACUGGAAGACAAUUUGGGAACCUUUGCAUACACCCUGAAACCAUUCAGCAAGCAAGAUCAAAAAUACUUUUUGAAAAGAAAUUGGAGAGACACCCUCAAAGUGAAAAACAUAAAAAGACACUUGUUCAACACUUUUGUCGCAAAAUUGUUCAAAUUAUUUUCAAACUCGAUUAAUAAUAUGGAAGUCUCUUUCAUGGGAAUUCCACUGCAGAUGCGGAUGAUUGCGACGAUUUUUCAAAGAGAUUUCAAAUUAUUUCUCUUGAGAAAGCACUCAACAAGGAACAACAUUGAACGGAAAAUUAGCGCAAAAUUAGAGUUGGUAGCGCUGUACGAGGAAUUUUUCCGAAUUAAAUUUGAGGAGGUUCUUUUUGGUGACAAACGUCCACACGUGGAAAAAAGUGACCCAAAAAUGCUUGACAUUAUGGAAGAGCAACGUCGAUUGAUCAUCGAAAGACAUGAAAAGCUAGCUUUAUGUGCACUGUUGGAUGAUCAAGAGUUGAACGCCUUUUUGGCUGCAAAUGAAACUUUUACGUUACUUAGCGAUGUCAAAUCGGGACGGGAAAAGAUCGGUUUGGUUUGCCAGAUUUUUAACGGUAAACCACGCUUUGUUCAUCAAACAUUUGCCGAAUAUUUCGCAGCUCGUUACCUUUGGAACUCAUUCAUAUCAUUGAAGAUUGAUUUCAAAACAUUUAUAAAAGAAACUUUUGUUCAAAUUCUUACGAAAAGCAAUCGACAUCAGGUGUGUAGUUUUUUGCAGAAAAUAGCACUCAAAGAUAUCAAACUGCAUGAAAAUGUGAAGCAGUUGGAUAGGAAAUUGGGUUGUUUAUUGGAGUCGCUCGUGCCUUUCCUUAGCAACUAUGCAUACACUUACAGAAAUGAUCCUUUGAAUGUUGUAAAAAAGAACCAUUUUUAUUCGAACAUAGAUGAGCCGGUAUGGCAUCAAUAUGUGGCCAAUAGAUGUGCUGGGCUUUUGCUAAAAAUCGUCGACAAAUACACCAAGAGUAAUGCGGACUGUGCAGUUAAAGUAAUUCGUAGUUUAAACCAAGAACAGCGACUAUUGCUCUUUACAACGUCUUGUAGCGAAGGAUAUUGCUAUUUGGUCCGCGCUUUCGUAGGAUUACUUGAUUCAGCGACGUUGAGAGCGAAUCUUCUUAGUAACGGAUGGUACUACGAUUCAUUGCUAACGGCCACUGUGAAUGGCCACAUGGAAGUAGUAGACAUAUUAAGAAGUGAGUUCCACUACGACGCAAACACAUGGGAAGAUCAUUUUGGAAGGAGAUUGAUAAGUCACUUGGUUUCUUGUCAUCCGAACAUGCAAUAUUCUUGCAUGAAGAUUUUUCUUGAAAAAGGUAUUAUUGAUGGAAGUCCUUUUGUUAAUAACCAAAGCAAGAUAGUAGUAUUCCCAAUAAUAAAGUUACUCUUACAAAAUGCACCAUCGUAUCUGAUAAAGCUGUUAGCCCGUAAAACUGAUUUUAAAAUGUUGAACAACCAGGAAUUUCCAGGGUUUUCGCAGGAAGUUAUUCACUGCUUGACGCUUUGUUUACUGGCUUAUGAAGUCCAACUAAUUGACCAGUUUUAUUUAAACGGAGCGGAUUUUUCCCAAUCAAUCAAUUCAUUGAUGUCACAAUACUGCUAUCGGGCAGUUUCAAGGGUCAAGUUGGAUCCCGACAACCUACCAAUCAGAAGCAUAUACAUGGAGCGUAGAGUUUGGAAAACUUUGUUUCACAAAAUUGAACAACUUUUAAAGUGUGGCAUUGGAUACAACCGAAAAGAUUCCAUGUAUGACGCAUCAACCAGGCAAUUCGUGGAACAAGCCUAUUAUAUUCACUUGAUGCUUACAAAGUUGUGCGAAAGAAAUACAUUCCAUGCCACAUUCGACACAAUUCUGAAGCUAAUCAUAAUUUGUAUGAAACAACACACUUUGACUGGACCAAGCACGCACAUUGCAAUUUUUAAUAACUAUAUUACUUUAGUUUCAUCGGAAUUUGAGAGAAAAUAUCGAAUGGUUUUUGGAACAAUUCUUUUAUUAGUCAUAUCACCUUACCAGCCUACAAAGAGGAUGGUGACUAAUGAUAGCAUAAUCUUAAAGUUUCACAACACUAUUGAAAAGUAUAAGGAAACUUUGAAACAAAAAAACAGUAGCAGCUUUCUUUACAUGGAAUAUGAUGCUACUGAUAAUGAAAAAUACGACGUAAUAAAUUGGAUUCAAAAGAUUGACGACUUGCGAGCUGAAAUGAACUGCACUUUUGAAGAAGCAUUAUUAAAAGUAUCGCAAGAAAUGCAGCGUGCAAAAGAAAGACUUAGCACAAUGUUGCAAAUAUCUGGCGCGGAGGAAGUCAAACAAAUACAAGUUUACGAUACCGAACAAAUCGUAGACAUUUUGGACUUACAAGAGGUCGAGACAUCCGAAGAGAUGGAACAACUAAUGAUGAAGAUCGUCGACUGCAACGGAAUGUCUCUGUUAACGUUACUGUUGCAUAUAAACUACAGCUGCAAUGAUUGCGAGAUUUUCCCCAAACUACAAGAGGUCACGACUUUCACCAAUAAAGCCCCGCAAAUCUACAACUUAUGGAUGAGCUUAGACCGACGGUACCAUCAACUGUUGCAAACCUUCGAAACCAACGACUGCCACGCCGCCGUACGCGAAGUCCUCAUCCAGAUAGAUCCCGACUACCGUCAAGCGUUGAUCAACGGCCAAGAUCCCGACUACGGUUCUCCGCUGCACUAUGCCACAGCCAGCGGAGACCUGGAUUUGGUCCGGACACUGCUGGAAUUCGGAGCGGAUCCCAACUCUGUGCUCGAUGAAACUGGACCACUUCCACGACUGAGAAUCGAAAGUGAUGAGUUGGAGCAUUUUAAACAUUUCAGACCGCUUCAUUUUGCUGCAAUGCGAGGUCAUGGGGAAAUUGGGAAGGUUUUGUUGGAAAACGGAGCCGAACUUGAUAUCGUAAGUGAUUCUGGUAUGACGCCAAUGGAUUAGGCUAGAAUACAUGGUCAUGACGAGAUAUUAGUUUGACCAAUAUUUCAAAAUAAAAUGCCCAAAUUGGUCUAGUCAAAGUUAGGUAAAUACAGUCAAGACUUCGGAUAAUCGAAUCACGAAAAUAUUUAUUUUUUGUUGUUUUAUUUUUGAUUCUCGAGCUUACACGUAAAAAAGUCAAUUCCCAAAAUCGUGAAUAAUGUUCAUGAAUUUGAGAACCAGGAAGGAAUAUAUUCACGUUUAUAGUGCAAAUGCACCAUACUCAUGAACGCGAAUUCCUUCGUGGUUCUCACAACCAUGAACAUAAUUCACGAUUGCCGGAUUUUUUUUUCUGUGUACCGUAAUCUGGGGUGAAACGGGACUACAGUCUGAAUAGGGAUAGCAGUUUUUAGAGCACUUAGAGCUUUUAAAUUUGAAAAUGGAUGUACACAUUUUGCUGGCCUGAGUCUGUUCUAACCGAAACCAACAUGAAAAAUCAAAAUAUUGUGCUCCAACAUGGUUGAAACUGCUGUCCCAAUUCGCCCCACGUGUCCCGAUUGCCUCAGUUUACGGUAAGUAUAAACCCCUAAGAAUUCAGUUUUAAAAAACGAUAAAAAGAGUACAUGAGCUAACAUGAGUAUCACAUCAAUAUAUGUGUCAUUAUUUCACCUCAAUCGUUCACAAAAAAGUGCAAAGUUGAAAUCAACAUUUUCUUGUCAAGCUGAGCUGUUAAUACCACCAAAUCAAGCAAGAAUCCUGAUUCAUCCAAAUAAAACCAC